UAACUUCUGACGCAUGCUAACUAAUAUUACUGCGUGCGUCCGCAUCUUUUUUUGCCGUUUAUUUUUUUUCCUGCCUUUUUUGUUGCACACGCUUUCUCAUCCGCGCAGCGUUCCACGCCCACGAGGCCGGCUCGGGAUUGGACGAGCAACGUCGGAGGCUCCUCUCGAAUGGACGCACACGCGCCGCGCACCACGCUCAAGACACGUUCGUCACUCGCGCCGCAGACUCGCUUUUGCCACUCCACGCAGCCGCAGCCGCUGCACGGCAAAACAUCUCGCCAGUCUUCCGCGGUCACGAUGCGACUCGUUGCGUGACAUUUGCUUUUUUAAUUUUUUUUUUUUUUAAUUUGAAUUUUUUUUUUUAAAUGCAACACGAGAUGUCCAAGAAGAAGAGCAUGGAUGUGUGUCUGCGCAGAUUGAAGCAGGAGCUGGUGUCCAUGAAGGAAGCGGGAGAUGGCCUCCAUGCCCAGAUGAAUUCCAUGAUGGGAGCCCUCCAGGAACUCAAGCUCCUUCAGGUCCAGACCGCUCUCGACAACCUCAACCUGUCAGCUCCGGGACGGACAAGUCAGCAGAACGCGACAGUUUCUGACACAACAACGUUCACCAGCGUUUCAGAAGCAGACCCCAGGUUGCGCUUGUCCAACGACCCCAGCCCAAGUCCGGAGCCGUCUACGGGGUUCUCCCAAAGCAGAUACAGCGAAGGGAGCCUGUCCUCGUCUAGUUCCAGUUUUGAGAUGGAGAGGAGCGAGGAAGAAGACCUGGUGUCUGUUCCGCGGAGAUGGUCAGGCUACGCAGCACCGCAGGUUGAUUUCUGUGGACCCACAGUGGGGAACCCUCCCCCCGAGCCCUACAUGCAGCCUCCCGAGCCCAACCAGCCGGUGGAUCUGCCGGGCAUCCUCUACAGCCUCUCCAGAGAAGGUCCGUCCCUGGACAACGACUAUUCUCAGGACAGUACGGACGACGCUGGCGACUGGACUUCAUCCCUCAUGAACCGAAGCCGCAAUCGGCAACCCUUAGUUCUGGGUGACAACGUCUUCGCUGACCUUGUAGGGAACUGGCUGAACCUGCCAGAGGUGGAAGUGGAUGAAACAGGGGAGGAGGAGGAGGAGAAGAGGGAGGCGAGGGCACCGGAUGGGGCCGGCGACAGACCGGACACACCGGCUCACCCGCUGCGCCUUAGCCGAUCGCAGGAGAUCUGCAGGAAGUUCUCGCUCACGACCAACAUCUUCAAGAAGUUCCUCCGAGGCGUCCGGCCCGACCGGGACAAACUGCUCAAAGAGAGGCCCGGUUGGAUGGCACCAGAGAUCUCUGAGGGGGACCUGGUCAAGAGGCUCAAAAAAACAGCUCCAAAAAGCUCGAAAGGCAGCUUCUACCUGCCUUUCUGGGCCAACGGACAGCAGGGUAAAGGGCGGCCGGAAACGCAUCCGAAUAGCCAAAACCACUUCCAGCAGUUCCACGAGAAGCCAUUUGGAGGGGUAUACUUGGACCGCAGACCACCGGAGGGUAGACUGCGCAAAAUGCAGCCCUUGUUUGACUACAACACAGCUGUGUGGGUCUGA